AUGGACGACUAUCCCGCUGCCGAAGCCAUUCCGGACCCUGCCGCCACGGAAUUCCAAUAUCGCGAAUUGAUGCAAUUCUUGACCGACUCUCGGGAUAUGCGCAAGGCCGCCACAGGAUCCGUCAAGCAAGGACUCUGUGCGGCCGGUGGAGCCAUUGCCGGUGGAUUUGUCCUAGGACCCGCCGGUGGUCUCGUGGGGGGUAUUGGAGGAUCCAUUUAUGGAUUCUUGACGGCCGACAAUUACGAUGGCGCACUCCAACAAAUCAUGGCGCUGGAACAAGAACAGCAAGCCAAACUCAUGACCGAUGUGGGGGGAGUCUUGAGAGCGGCCGGAGCCACGGCGCAACAAUUCGAUUCGCCCGAAGCAUUUCGUGCUACCUUGAUGGAAUUUGCCGCACAACCGGCAGUGCGAGAUCAAAUUUGGCGUUCUUGUAUUGAGGCUUCCAGGACAUGA